CUCCGGUACUCUCGCCAUGCGCAAAAGACAACAAACGUGGCGGUGUAUCUUUCCGUUUUGUAGCGGAAGAUUCACUCUCGUUUUGCACAUUUCGAGAGUGGUGGAGCGAGGACCUUCACCCGCCGAAUUCAGCGAGGUGGAUUGAACAACAAACGUGGCGGUGUAUCUUUCCGUUUUGURGCGGAAGAUUCACUCUCGUUUUGCACAUUUCGAGAGUGGUGGAGKGAGGACCUUCACCCGCCGAAUUCAGCGAGGUGGAUUGAACAACCAACGUGGCGGUGUAUCUUUCCGUUUUGUGGUGGAAGAUUCACUCUCGUUUUGCACAUUCUGAGAGUGGUGGAGCGAGGACCUUCACCCGCCGAUUUGAUCGAGGUGGAUUGAUCUGCAAACGUGCCGCUGUAUCGUUCCGUUUUGUGGUGGAGGAUUCACUCUCGUUUUGCACAUUUCGAGAGUGGUGGAGCGAGGACAUUCACCCGUCGAUUGAUCUGCAAACGCUGGAUGAGGUUCCAGGGAGCUGUGUCGCUGUUUGAUCGACGCAUGGGCGGCGGUGGGCCGGGCUGGGUGGCCAUGGAUAAGAAGUUGGCGACGGGAGGGUUCACCACACUGCGUGCCGUUUGGAUUCGGCAGUCGAUGCUCGCAUUCGGAUCGGGAGUCGCCAUUUUGCCAUCGUCUCGCCAUGCGCCCGAUCUCGUGCUGGUGGCUUACAUCGGCCUGGCACUUUGGCUGGCCUUGCGGGUCGUGCGUUCUUCUUCAGCACGGUACGAAGGCGAUGGACGUCCGCAUGCGUGGCGCAGGACAGCGGGACGGGCGCCGGGGCGCAACGCCAUGCCACAUAUGCAAGACCUCAACAACAGCCCGUUUGUGCCAAUGACACCGGGGCUCAGUACGGGAACGUCCAUGGACGGCGCUGUCGGGCUUCCUCCACGUCGGAUGUUCCAACCGCUGCCGGAGAACGUCCGACGCAAUGGCCCUGCUCCAUGGUGGAGACCAGCUUCGGACAUGGGCGCAGGCAUUCCUCCACACCUUCAACCACUUCCAGACGACAUGCCAGUGCCGGGCCAGCGCAACGGAGCAGGCAUCCCUCCACACCUUCAGCCCCUUCCGGAUGACAUGCCAGACGGGGCAGCACAACGGGUUGCAGUACAGCUCGAGCAUUCUCACUGGCACGACAGUGCCUUACAUGUCGUGCCUUACAUGACAGGAGUUCAGUCGCUGGAGGAUGUGGACGAAGACACCACGGUUGGCCAGUCCGGGACACACAUUGCUCCUUCUGGGAGCCAGCAUCACCUGUCUGCUGACUGGCCCGCGUGGACAGCGGCCGCAUCUCAUGCUGCAGCAACACAGUAUAUCCAGUCUUCUGUGGGAGGCGAUCCGGGACUGCGAGAGACCCAGUCCGGCUAUGGCCAUGGCAUUCCACAUGGUCACGGCGAGCGGGAGGCGCUGCUGGACAGCCGGCCGCCGAAUGGAGGUGGGUAUGGCUCGGACCAGGCUGGCGGGGUGAGAUACUCGAUGUCUGCAGGGGACACCGUCCGCGACGCCUCAGAUGGGUAUGGGCUCUCGUCUCAACAGUCGUCUUCCACCGUUGAUACGGGCGCACGGUACGGCAGCCAUGGUGGAUGGACAUAUCACGACAGCGGGGCAGGUGGAAUGCACACCCCGCUCGGAGAGGUUGAUUUGCCGGGUUCGUCUAUCCCGCAACGGCCAAGGUCCGAGCAGCGAGACGCUAGUGGAAAAGCUUCCACACCCGCGAAGGAACAGCGUGCAAAGGUCGGCAAGGGCAGUGGAGCUCGAACACCAUCCAAGGCCCCGAAUCCGAAACGGCCGGCUGCAAAUUCGCUGUCGUCUGCUGUCAUGGCGGAAGGGGAUGGCGAAUCUGACGAUGACAAUUCAGAGGAAGAAGACAUUGAUCAGCCUCCUCUCCCGGGGAAAGGGAAGCGCCGCAAGCGGAGCUCCAAGGUGGACAACUUCACAGAGGAGGAAUGCAUUGCCCUUGUGCACAUCAAGGCUGAGUAUGACAUCGAGAUGGAGCGAUCGCUGGUAGGGGCGAGCGGGAAGAUGAAAUCAAAGGAAGCAAAGUGGGGGGAUAUUCUGGAGCGGCUGCGGGCGAAGGGAAUUAUCAAGAAGUUGGAGGACGUGAAACGCAAGUGGGAGAAUUUGAAGUCUGCAUACAACCGUGUGUCCUUCCACGCAUGUGUCUGGAUCCAAGAACUUCUUCGAGAUGUCGACGAAAGAACGGAUAGAGAAGAAGGUGCACGUGUUUAUCAGGGAAGCAGUAUACAAGGGAACCCGAUUGAAGACGACCUCCGUGGUGUAGGUUCAGGCAGUCCUGGCGAUGAUGGCGGUGGAGCGCAAUCUGUAGCCUCGGCGGCACGAGCGGGUGCUGCAAGAAGAAGAACCAAUGCACGUGCAGGAGCGAUGGCGGAGGUGAGGGACAUGAUCGGCGACCACGGCAACCAGCAGGCCGAAGCUAUCCGCGAAGCAACACGCGAGGCAGCGAGAUUGCAGUCUGCCGAUCGUGCACGGGCAAACAGCGAGUUCCGCGAUAUCAUGACGAGCGUGACUGAUGUGCUCAAGGCUAACAAUAGCAAUCUUUGCAGCACCAUCGUCACGCUCACUGCGACACUCCAGCAAGGUCCACAACCGUCUGCGCAGUAGGGAGCGGAAUCAAGGAUCACCUGUGUGAGGGAUUCGUGAUUCGCGCAGCAUUGGUGAUUGCAUAUUCGCAUCACAUUUUUUCUGUUCAAUCGUAUUCAUCAAACUGCAGGAAAUUAUUUUUUUCUACUGUAUGGCACGAAUAAUGUACUGCUCUCUUGAGCAUCACAGAUGCUAGAUUCGAGCAACAGGUUUGGUCGACCGAUUAUCCAACCCUUUUUAUUUAGAAGUCGCUGCUCGUUGCUCGACAUUGGCGCAGAUUUUUAAUA